AUGGGACUCCCCAAAACCAGCGGGGUGUCCCCAACGAAAGCCAUCGCAAGGGGGCCCCCGAAAGGCAGCGAGACGCCCCCCUCGAAGGGCACCACGCCGGGACCCCCCAAAACCAGCGGGGUGCCCACCCCGAAGGGCACCACGGCCACCCCCUCGAGGGGCGGCACCACGGGACCCCCGAAGGGCAGCGGGACCACCCCCAGCCCCGGCCCCUCCCGGGACAGGGACCCCGCGGUCACAGCCCCAGCGCCCCAGGGGACCACGAGGGCGGUGCUGAGGAAGAAGAAGGUGGUGAGGAAGAAGGUGCUGAGGAAGAAGAAGGUGCUGAGGAAGAAGCCGGAGGCUCCGGCCGCUCCGCAGGAGCCCCCGUGCCCCCCCCUGGGGCUGGAGUCCCUGCGGGUGCUGGACUCGCAGCUCCAGGCGUCCAGCCACAAACGGCACGGGCUGGGAGCGCACCGCGGCCGCCUCAACAUCCAGUCAGGGCUCUACGACGGUGACUUCUACGACGGGGGCUGGUGUGCGGGACACGAGGACACGGAGCAGUGGCUGCAGGUGGACGCCCGGCGCCUCACCCGCUUCACCGGCGUGGUCACCCAGGGCCUCAACUCCAUCUGGACGUACGACUGGGUGACGUCCUACAAGGUGCAGGUCAGCAAUGACUCGCACGCGUGGCUGCCGAGCCGCAAUGGCACCGAGGAGGCGGUGUUCCCUGGGAACAAAGACCCCGAGACGCCGGUGCUGAACCUGCUGCCCUCGCCCCUCGUGGGGCGAUUCCUGCGCAUCAACCCCCAGAGCUGGUUCCCCAAUGGCACCGUCUGCCUGCGGGCCGAGGUCCUGGGCUGUCCCGUGCCCGACCCCAACGAUGCCCACACCUGGCACCGCCCGGCCCCGCCCGAAUCUCACCUGGAUUUCCGCCACCACAACUACAAGGAGAUGAGAAAGCUGAUGAAGAGGGUGAGCGAGGAGUGCCCCGACAUCACCCGCGUGUACAGCAUCGGGGAGAGCUCCCGCGGGCUGCGCCUCUACGUGAUGGAGAUCUCGGACAACCCCGGCACGCACGAAGUCGGAGAGCCGGAGUUCCGCUACGUGGCCGGGAUGCACGGGAACGAGGUGCUGGGCCGGGAGCUGCUGCUGAACCUGAUGGAAUUCCUGUGCCGGGAAUUCCGCCGGGGAAACCCCCGCGUGGUGCAGCUGGUGACGGACACGCGCAUCCACCUGCUGCCCUCCAUGAACCCCGACGGCUACGAGACGGCCUACAGCCUGGGCUCGGAGCUGGCAGGAUGGGCCAUGGGCCGCUGGACGUACGAGGGCAUCGAUCUCAACCACAACUUUGCCGACCUGAACACGGCGCUGUGGGACGCCGAGGACAACGACCUGGUGCCCCACGAGUUCCCCAACCACUACAUCCCCAUCCCCGAGUACUACACCUUCGCCAACGCCACGGUGGCCCCGGAGACGCGGGCGGUGAUCGCGUGGAUGCAGCGCUACCCGUUCGUGCUGAGCGCCAACCUGCACGGCGGCGAGCUGGUGGUCACCUACCCCUUCGACAUGAGCCGCACCUACUGGAAGGCCCAAGAGCUCACCCCCACCCCGGACGACGGCGUCUUCCGCUGGCUGGCCACCGUCUACGCCACCGCCAACCUGGCCAUGGCCAGCGGCGAGCGCCGGCGCUGCCACUACGACGACUUCACGCGCUUCGGCAACAUCAUCAACGGAGCCAACUGGCACACGGUGGCUGGCAGUAUGAAUGAUUUCAGCUACCUGCACACUAACUGCUUUGAGAUCACCGUGGAGCUGUCGUGUGACAAAUUCCCGCACGCCUCCGAGCUGCCCGAGGAGUGGGAGAACAACCGGGAGUCGCUGCUGCUCUUCAUGGAGCAGGUGCACCGCGGGAUCAAGGGCGUGGUUCGGGACAGUGACACCGAGCUGGGCAUCCCCAACGCCAUCAUCUCCGUGGAUGGCAUCAACCACGACGUCCGCACCGCCUCGGACGGGGACUACUGGCGGCUGCUGAACCCGGGCGAGUACGAGGUGACGGCGAGGGCCGAGGGCUACGAGGCGGCCACGCAGCCGUGCCGUGUCUACUUCGAGAACGUUCCCACCCCGUGCAGCUUCCGCCUGGCGCGGGCACGGGGCCGGCACCGGCCCGGCAGGACCCGCCCGGGCCCCGACCCGGCCCUGCGGCUGCAGCGGCUGCGCCUCCGCCGCCUGCGCGCCAACGGCCGCGGGCAGUGA